AUGAACCAUGUCUACAAGGAGCGCUUUCCCAAGGUACAGACUGACCAGGACAAACUCUUUAUUCAUUUGUUUAUUAUGACUUAUUUGACAUCAAAACAUUCAGAAAUGAAAUACCUGUAAUUCAAAUAUUAACCAGUUUAUGACAGUCCUUCAAAUGGCUUUUCCAUUGUAAUAAAGCUUACUGUGAGAGCUGUGUGGCAGGGGGCAUAUGUGUGACUCACCUCUACCCCCCCUCCUCCAGGCCACGGCUCAGAUGGAGGACCGGCUGGCUGACUUCUUGUCGUCCUCGGCCCCUGACAAGGUGGUGCCCCUGGCCGACGGGGUCCUCAGCUUCAUCCACCACCAGGUCAUAGAACUGUCCAGAGACUGCCUGGAUAAAAGCCGUGAGGGCUGCAUCACAUCACGCUACUUUUACGAACUGCAAGAGAACCUGGAGAAACUGCUGCAAGAUGUAAGUGGACUAUGUCGUUUUCAUUUGGGGGGCUUUACAGUGAGGGGAAAAAAGUAUUUGAUCCCCUGCUGAUUUUGUACAUUUGCCCACUGACAAAGAAAUGAUCAGUCUAUAAUUUUAAUGGUAGGUUUAUUUGAACAGUGAGAGACAGAAUAACAACAAAUACAUCCAGAAAAACGCAUGUCAAAAAUGUUAUAAAUUGAUUUGCAUUUUAAUGAGGGAAAUCAAUAUUUGACCCCCUCUCAAUCAGAAAGAUUUCUGGCUCCCAGGUGUCUUUUAUACAGGUAACGAGCUGAGAUUAGGAGCACACUCUUAAAGGGAGUGCUCCUAAUUUCAGCUUGUUACCUGUAUAAAAGACACCUGUCCACAGAAGCAAUCAAUCAAUCAGAUUCCAAACUCUCCACCAUGGCCAAGACCAAAGAGCUCUCCAAGGAUGUCAGGGACAAGAUUGUAGACCUACACAAGGCUGGAAUGGGCUACAAGACCAUCGCCAAGCAGUUUGGUGAGAAGGUGACAACAGUUGGUGCGAUUAUUCGCAAAUGGAAGAAACACAAAAUAACUGUCAAUCUCCCUCGGCCUGGGGCUCCAUGCAAGAUCUCACCUCGUGGAGUUGCAAUGAUCAUGAGAACGGUGAGGAAUCAGCCCAGAACUACACGGGAGGAUCUUGUCAAUGAUCUCAAGGCAGCUGGGACCAUAGUCACCAAGAAAACAAUUGGUAACACACUACGCCGUGAAGGACUGAAAUCCUGCAGCGCCCGCAAGGUCCCCCUGCUCAAGAAAGCACAUAUACAGGCCCGUCUGAAGUUUGCCAAUGAACAUCAGAAUGAUUCAGAGGAGAACUGGGUGAAAGUGUUGUGGUCAGAUGAGACCAAAAUCGAGCUCUUUGGCAUCAACUCAACUCGCCGUGUUUGGAGGAGGAAGAAUGCUGCCUAUGACCCCAAGAACACCAUCCCCACCGUCAAACAUGGAGGUGGAAACAUUAUGCUUUGGGGGUGUUUUUCUGCUAAGGGGACAGGACAACUUCACAGCAUCAAAGGGACGAUGGACGGGGCCAAGUACCGUCAAAUCUUGGGUGAGAACCUCCUUCCCUCAGCCAGGGCAUUGAAAAUGGGUCGUGGAUGGGUAUUCCAGCAUGACAAUGACCCAAAACACACGGCCAAGGCAACAAAGGAGUGGCUCAAGAAGAAGCACAUUAAGGUCCUGGAGUGGCCUAGCCAGUCUCCAGACCUUAAUCCCAUAGAAAAUCUGUGGAUGGAGCUGAAGGUUCGUGUUGCCAAACGUCAGCCUCGAAACCUUAAUGACUUGGAGAAGAUCUGCAAAGAGGAGUGGGACAAAAUCCCUCCUGAGAUGUGUGCAAACCUGGUGGCCAACUACAAGAAACAUCUGACCUCUGUGAUUGCCAAAAUGGGUUUUGCCACCAAGUACCAAGUCAUGUUUUGCAGAGGGGUCAAAUACUUAUUUCCCUCAUUAAAAUGCAAAUCAAUUUAUAACAUUUUUGACCUGCGUUUUAAAUAUUAUUAUUUUUUUUAUUUUUUUCUUCUGUCUCUCACUGUUCAAAUAAACCUCCCAUUAAAAUUAUAGACUGAUCAUUUCUUUGUCAGUGGGCAAACGUACAAAAUCAGCAGGGGAUCAAAUACUUUUUUCCCUCACAGUAGGUAUAUUUUCAGAGGUUCACCAACAUCCAUUAGAAUAAUCCAUUAAGUGACGAUAUCGUCCAACUCGUGUUAAUUUAGACAUCGGAGACAGAAAUCAUGUUUGUUCACUCCCCGUCACGUAUAGUUUCAAUAAGGUGCUCACUCAUCUUUAUUAAGGCUGUCAGGCAGUUUGUCUGCAGGCUGUGAGGAAGCCACUUUGACCCGUUUAGUCCAUCAGAAACACAUGAACACCCUCCCUCUCUCCAUCCCUCCCUCUCUAUUUCGGUUCAUAUGGGACACAUUCCCCCCACACCUGCCUCCGAUAUGUUAGUGACAAGAUGGGUUGGUGAUGUCUGUGUUAGGAUUUUAGGGACAUUCCAUGGUGUGUGUGUGUGAUGUGAUGUCAGUGAUGUCUCCAUUAGCUCAGUUACAGUGCUGGGGGGCUCAUGGCUGUGACAUUAUAGCUCCCAGUGGCCUCGUACCAACACCCCAGUUGAGGGGGGGGGGUGUUUCUCCUUUCCUCUCCCUGAUUCUAAUUUCACACCCCAGCAGACAGCGAGGGUGACGGAUGACUCUCCCAGACACCCAAGAGGAGGGGUGCACUGAGAGCGAGACGGGGGGGGGGGAGAGGAGAGAGAGAGGUAAGGGGGGAGGUAGAGAGAGAGGGAGACAGACUAAGGGAGUGAUGAAGCCAUAGGAGGAGGGGUCUGCGGGGAGUUUUCCAGUAUUGGAUUGGCUGUUUAAACCAUCCGGCGUUAGGGCUGAUGCCUGUUGAAAUGUGGUUAAUGUGUGAGAGAGCAGCAGACAGUGUUAACCCCACGACAACCACGCUCUGGCCACACCUGGAGAACGGAACAGAAAGAACGUUGUAGCAGAUCAAGAGAGAACAGAGGGAAGGAGUGUGAGGUUGACGUCACCUCCGGGGUUGGGGCGCGGAGCGGAGCGCGGCAGGUGGGGGCGGCAAUAUAAACGUAUGGUGGAGAUGAUGAGGCGUUGAACAGGUAUCCGGAGUGGAGGGAUCCAGAAGGCCAACGUCCCGUUUAUUUUCCCGUUCUUUCGUUCUCUCCAUCGCUCUGGCCCUGGACAAUGUCUGGCGUGUCGUGGCAGAGGAGGCUAGAGGAAGAGGAGGCGCUGCAACAUGUUCUGGAGCAGAGGCACUGGAGGAGGGAGUGGAGCACACUCACAUGGGAUCACAACGCUUUUCCAGUUGAGUCUCGGGUCUUGUCUCCUGUCACUUUGCGUUUGGGGGGUGAUGUUUGGAUUGAGGUCAGGGUGCUGGUCUCUGCUGGAUCAUCUUGGUUUGUUACAAGGGACAGGUAUGGGAUUGUGAGAGCUUAUGCUUAUUAAGUAACCAAUGGUAUUGUAUAAGUUUACUUUUUGGGCUUGAAAGGAGCACAGACCUCUUGACGUAUUGUGUCUGGUACACACCUUAUUAUGGUGAUUCAGUGUAUGAUAUUUGGCACCGUACAUGAACACUCUCUCUUGCAGUCAGUCUGUGUUGUCAGCCAGUGGUGGUGAUCAGUGCUCUUCAUUGUCUUGUCUCUGUGCUGCCAGAGCUCCAGACCACUACUUUAACCCUCCUCUAGCCAGGCCACCCGUCCAUUCCACCCCACACAGCGACACCAUUAAAAACCGCACAGGAGACCACCUCAUCCACCUUAACCUCCACCUCUACUCCAGGCCUCAGUGACCUGUCACCAUAGCAGCCCCCAGGGUAACCUCAGAGACCCAGGUCACCUGAGGGGGGAGUGAGUUAGGCUAGGCUGCCAGCUCAGCACUCUCCAUCAGUCACAGUGUGUCAGAGGUAGUCCUGUGGCUGGCUGGCCAUCACUCACAGUUACAGGGUCUCACAGGCAGUUUAGAAGACACGCGCACACAGGCAGAGACGCUCUCGUUCGCCCACACACAUUUGCACACACAAAGAUAUUCACACACACACACACACACACACAUUAAUUAUAUGUAAACUCACACAUACAGAGACACUGUUCUCCCACACACACACACACACACACACACACACACACACACACACACACACACACACACACACACAGACUGUGACACACACACACACACAGUGUGGUUAAUUAGCGGCUGUGAGCAUGAAUAACAGUCCCACUGCUGCUCCAUUAUUCACCGAUCACUCGUCUAUACUGGUAGGACAUCCCCCUUUCCCUCCAUUUCCUCCCUCCAUCUCCAGCGCUUUGGAGCUUUCAUUACCUUUAUAAAUUAUUCAGGGUCUGAUUGGAGCCCCUGGGGCCUCUGCCUACCUGCCUGCCUACCUGCCUGCCUGCCUGCCUGCCUGUCUAGCUGCCUGUCUAGCUACCUGCCUAGCUACCUACCUGCCUACCUGCCUGCCUGUCUGUCUAGCUGCCUACCUGUCUGCCUGCCUGCUGUCUGUCGGUCUGCCUGCCUGCCCACCUGUCUGUCUGCCUGCCUGCCCACCUGUCUGCCUGCCCACCUGUCUGCCUGCCCGCCCACCUGUCUGCCUGCCUACCUGUCUGCCUGCCUGCCUACCUGUCUGCCUACUUGUCUGCCUACCUACCUUCCUUCCUUCCUACCUACCUACCUACCUGUCUGCCCACCUACCUGUUACUAUUUAUUAGCGUGUGGCAGACAGACACGUGGCCAGGCCGUGUUUAUUAACAGGCUCUAUCUCUCUAUUAGGCUCUCUUCCACUAUACCUCUCUGAUGGAUGUGUGUCUUAGACCCCCCCCCCAUCACCUAGGAAUCCGAGGUGCUCUCUAGGUGGUGUUGCCAUUCUAAAGCAUGUUUUCUGCAAUUCUACACAUUUCGCCAUGGGGGGAUUGAUCCGAGGGCCCAUGCCUAGUGUAAACUAUCUUUCUGAUAGUGUGUGGACUAACAACUUUCUUAUCCCCCCCCCCCCCCCCACUUCAGGUAGUACUGAUGGUUCAUACCACCACUCUUCUAACUCUGCUGUCCUCUCUGGGUUGAUGUCUAGGCUCACGAGCGCUCGGAGAGUGUGGAGGUCACCUUUGUCACCCAGCUGGUUAGGAAGCUGAUGAUCGUCAUCGCUCGGCCUGCACGCCUGUUAGAAUGUCUGGUAAGAGGAACAAGAGAGGGGAAGACGGGGAAUAAUCUGAAAUGUUUCCCAACAAUGUUUCCUUCAAAUGAAUGAACAUCUCACACCUAAGUGCUUGCUGGAGGAAGAAAGAUGAUGAGUGUCUAUAUCAGGGUUUACAGAUGUGAAAAAUGACUCGUUUUCAAAUCCUUUUCUUAUUUUUCUCAUAAAUUAGUUCCUAUUUGCAAGCCAUUCAUUUUCCUCCCAUAGUUAAUAAGCCACCUAGCCACUCAGCGAGGGAAAUUAAAGAGAUUUACUCCUAAUUGUGCGGUAACUCAAGCAUGACACUGUAUUUAUUGUCCUCUGUCCUCAGAGACAGAUUCAGUGCACAUGAAACAGCCUACAACACAUAUGUUUAUUUAUCACCCAUAAGGGCUUCCUCCUAUCCAUCCAACCUCCCAGCUCCUUCUCUCCAGCAGGCCCAGAACGCUGCUGUUCUCUGCCCAGCCAGGGAGAGGGGAGUGGGGGUAGAGACGGUGCUUCAUCAACCCCCCUCCUCCUCCUCCAUGGCUAAGCAGCUGGAACCUUCCCUCCACCUCAGCCCUCUCUCAGGAGAUGUGCGGGAGGGAGGGAGACAGAGGAGAGAAUAGAGAGCUGCCCCAGUGCUCACGUCUGUAUUUUUGACUAAUCACAUGCAGCCGAUGAUAUGACAACACACAAGAUGGGUUUUUACAAAUGGACGCGCACACAGCUUGAAGAGAGAUGGUGGGGGGUAGACUGGGGUGGUGCGGGGUAAACCUAGGCUCUAUGGCUCUAUGUCUUUGUCAGAGGACAAGGAAACAAAGGAUUGUUCACCUACAGUACAGUGCUGCUGUCCGAUGUUGUGGAUUAUUUUGCAUUAUAAACUGGGUGGUUCGAGCCCUGAAUGCUGAUUGGCUGACAGCCGUGGUAUAUCAGACCAUAUACCACAGAUAUGACAAAACAUAUAUUUUUACUGCUCUAAUUAAGUUGGUAACCAGUUUAUUAUAGCAAUUAGGCACCUCGGGGGUUUGUGGUAUAUGUCUAAUGUACCACAGCUAAGGGCUGUAUCCAGGCACUUUGCGUCGUGUCUAAGAACAGCCUUUAGCCGUGGUAUAUUGGCCAUAUACCACACCCCCUCGGGCCUUAUUGCUUAAAUCCAUUUUCAUGACCUCUUCUUGAUAAUGCUCUCAGGAUAUGUGUUCAGGUUCCCCCUCAGGUUGAGCCAGUGAGCCACAACAAACACACACACAUUCUAACCUCUAUUGCAUUGUUUGAUUUUAACACACUCUUCUCUCCCUUCCCCUCACUCUACCCCCUUUCCUUUUCUCUCCCUCCCUCUACCACCUCCUCCUUUUCUCUCACCCUCACUCUACCCCCCCCCCCCCCCCCCCCGGUCUGCAGGAGUUUGACCCAGAGGAGUUCUACCACUUGUUGGAAGCAGCAGAGGGCCAUGCCAAGGAGGGCCAGGGCAUCAAGUCAGACAUCCCACGCUACAUCAUCAGCCAGCUGGGUCUCACCAGGGAUCCCGUGGAGGAGAUGGCCCAGCUGAGCAGCUACGACAGUGGGAACCCUGACACACCAGAGACAGACGACGCUGUGGAUAGUCGAGGAGCUCCCCCUAAAACCAAGGCCCCACGGGAGGAGGACUUUGAGAACAUCAAGCUCAUCAGCAACGGGGCCUAUGGGUAAGACCGAGCGAGAGAGCGACAGACUGAGAGACAGACAGACUUGGACCUUUAUGAGACCGUAGAUUGAGACUGAAGCUUCCCCCAUGGUUUUGUUACCCCAUGACAAUGAUGAUAACGAUCACAAAAUGUCUAACAUUGUUGACACCAUUUGAUUAUUUCUCUCCUCUUCCCCCUUCUCUCUCUGUGACCCUUCUCUCUCUCUCUCGCUCUCCAUCUCCAUCUCUCUCUCUCCAUCUCUCUCCAUCUCCAUCUCUCUCUCUCCAUCUCGCUCUCUCUCUCUCUCUCUCUCCAUCUCUCUCUCUCUCUCUCUCUCCAUCUCGCUCUCUCUCUCUCUCUCCAUCUCCAUCUCUCUCUCUCCAUCUCUCUCUCUCAAUCUCUCAAUCUCUCUCUCUUCAUCUCGCUCUCUCUCUCUCUCUCAAUUCAAUUUCAAUUUCAAUUUAAUUUAAGGGCUUUAUUGGCAUGGGAAACGUGUGUUAACAUUGCCAAAGCAAGUGAAGUAGAUAGUAAACAAAAGUGAAAUAAACAAUAAAUAUUAACAGUAAACAUUACACUCAGAAGUUUAAAAAGAAUAAAGACAUUUCAAAUGUCAUAUUAUGUAUAUAUACAGUGUUGUAACAAUGUGCAAAUAGUUAAAGUACAAAUGGGAAAAUAAAUAAACAUAAAUAUGGGUUGUAUUUACAAUGUUGUUUGUUCUUCACUGGUUGCCCUUUUCUUGUGGCAACAGGUCACAAAUAUUGCAGCUGUAUACAUUUACAUUUACGUCAUUUAGCAGACGCUCUUAUCCAGAGCGACUUACAGUUAGUGAAUACAUUUUAUUUUUUUAUUUUUUUAUACUGGCCCCCCGUGGGAAUCGAACCCACAACCCUGGCGUUGCAAACGCCAUGCUCUAUCAACUGAGCUACAUCCCUGCCGGCCAUUCCCUCCCCUACCCUGGACGACACUGGGCCAAUUGUGCGCCGCCCAUGAGUCUCCCGGUCGCGGCCGGCUGCGACAGAGCCUGGAUUCGAACCAGGAUCUCUAGUGGGACAGUUAGCACUGCGAUGCAGUGCCUUAGACCACUGAUGGCACACUGUGGUUUUUCACCCAGUAGAUAAGGGAGUUUCUCAAAAUUGGGUUUGUUUUCAAAUUCUUUGUGGAUCGCUGUAAUCUGAGGGAAAUAUGUGUUUCUAAUAUGGUCAUACAUUUGGCAGGAGGUUAGGAAGUGCAGCUCAGUUUCCACCUCAUUUUGUGGGCAGUGUGCACAUAGCCUGUCUUCUCUUGAGAGCCAGGUCUGCCUACGGCGGCCUUUCUCAAUAUCAAGGCUAUGCUCACUGAGUCUGUACAUAGUCAAAGCUUUCCUUAAGUUUGGGUCAGUCACAGUGGUCAGGUAUUCUGCCACUGUGUACUCUCUGUUUAGGGCCAAAUAGCAUUCUAGUUUGCUCUGUUUUUUUGUUUGUUCUUUCCAAUGUGUCAAGUAAUUCUCUUUUUGUUUUCUCAUGAUUUGGUUGGGUCUAAUUGUGUUGUUGUUGUUGUUGUUGUUGUUGUUGUUGUUGUCCUGGGGCUGUGUGGGGUCUGUUUGUGUUUGUGAACAGAGCCCCAGGACAAGCUUACUUAGGGGACUCUUCUCCAAGUUCAUCUCUUUGUAGGUGAUGGCUUUGUUAUGGAAGGUUUGGGAAUCGCUUCCUUUUAAGUGGUUAUAGAAUUUAACGGCUCUUUUCUGGAUUUUGAUAAUUAGCGGGUAUUGGCCUAAUUCUGCUCUGCAUGCAUUAUUUGGUGUUUUACGUUGUACACGGAGGAUGUUUUUGCAGAAUUCUGCAUGCAGAGUCUCAAUUUGGUGUUUGUCCCAUUUUGUGAAUUCUUGGUUGGUGAGCGGACCCCAGACCUCAGAACCAUUAAGGGCAAUGGGUUCUAUAACUGAUUCAAGUAUUUUUAGCCAGAUCCUAAUUGGUAUGUCAAAUUUUAUGUUCCUUUUGAUGGCAUAGAAGGCCCUUCUUGCCUUGUCUCUCAGAUCGUUCACAGCUUUGUGGAAGUUACCUGUGGCGCUGAUGUUUAGGCCGAGGUAUGUAUAGUUUUUUGUGUGCUCUAGGGCAACGGUUGUCUAGAUGGAAUUUGUAUUUGUGGUCCUGGCAACUGGACCUUUUUUGGAACACCAUUAUUUUUGUCUUACUGAGAUUUACUGUCAGGGCCCAGGUAUGACAGAAUCUGUGCAGAAGAUCUAGGUGCUGCUGUAGGCCCUCCUUGGUUGGUGACAGAAGCACCAGAUCAUCAGCAAACAGAAGACAUUUGACUUCAUAUUCUAGUAGGGUGAGGCCGGGUGCUGCAGACUGUUCUAGUGCCCUCGCCAAUUCGUUGAUAUAUAUGUUGAAGAGGGUGGGGCUUAAAACUGCAUCCCUGUCUCACCCCACGGCCCCUGUGGAAAGAAAUGUGUGUGUUUUUUGCCAAUUUUAACCGCACACUUGUUGUUUGUGUACAUGGAUUUUAUAAUGUCGUAUGUUUUUCCCCCAACCCCACUUUCCAUCAAUUUGUAUAGCAGACCCUCAUGCCAAAUUGAGUCAAAAGCUUUUUUGAAAUCAACAAAGCAUGAGAAGACUUUGCCUUUGUUUUGGUUUGUUUGUUUGUCAAUUAGGGUGUGCAGGGUGAAUACGUGGUCUGUCGUACGGUAAUUUGGUAAAAAGCCAAUUUGACAUUUGCUCAGUACAUUGUUUUCACUGAGGAAAUGAACUAGUCUGCUGUUAAUGAUAAUGCAGAGGAUUUUCCCAAGGUUGCUGUUGACGCAUAUCCCACGGUAGUUAUUGGGUUCAAAUUUGUCUCCACUUUUGUGGAUUGGGGUGAUCAGUCCUUGGUUCCAAAUAUUGGGGAAGAUGCCAGAGCUAAGGAUGAUGUUAAAGAGUUUAAGUAUAGCUAAUUGAAAUUUGUGGUCUGUAUAUUUUAUCAUUUCAUUGACGAUACCAUCAACACCACAGGACUUUUUGGGUUGGAGGGUUUGUAUUUUGUCCUGUAGUUCAUUCAAUGUAAUUGGAGAAUCCAGUGGGUUCUGGUAGUCUUUAAUAGUUGAUUCUAAGAUUUGCAUUUGAUCAUGUAUAUUUUUUUGCUGUUUGUUCUCUGUUAUAGGGCCAAAAAGAUUGGAGAAGUGGUUUACCCAUACAUCUCCGUUUUGGAUAGAUAGCUCUUCGUGUUGUUGUUUGUUUAGUGUUUUCCAAUUUUCCCAGAAGUGGUUAGAGUCUAUGGAUUCUUCAAUUACAUUGAGCUGAUUUCUGACAUGCUGUUCCUUCUUUUCCGUAGUGUAUUUCUGUAUUGUUUUAGUGAUUCACCAUAGUGAAGGCGUAGGCUCAGGUUUUCUGGGUCUCAAUGUUUUUGGUUGGAUAGGUUUCUCAAUUUCUUUCUUAGGUUUUUGCAUUCUUCAUCAAACCAUUUAUCACUGUUAUUACUUUUCUUUGGUUUUCUGUUAGAGAUUUUUAGAUUUGAUAGGGAAGCUGAGAGGUCAAAUAUACUGUUUAGGUUUUCUACUGCCAAGUGUACACCUUCACUAUUACAGUGGAACGUUUUGUCCAGGAAGUUGUCUAGAAUGGAUAGAAUUUGUUGUUUCCUAAUUGUUUUUUGGUAGGUUUCAACACUACUUUCCUUCCAUCUAUAGCAUUUCUUAAUAUUAUUCAGUUCCUUUGGCUUUGAUGCCUCAUGAUUGAGUAUUGCUCUGUUCAAGUAGACUGUGAUUUUGCUGUGGUCUGAUAGGGGUGUCAGUGGGCUGACUGUGAACGCUCUGAGAGACUCUGGGUUGAGGUCAGUGAUAAAGUAGUCUACAGUACUACUGCCAAGAGAUGAGCUAUAGGUGUACCUACCAUAGGAGUCCCCUCGAAGCCUACCAUUGACUAUGUACAUACCCAGUGUGCGACAGAGCUGCAGUAGUCGUGACCCGUUUUUGUUGGUUAUGUUGUCGUAGUUGUGCCUAGGGGGGCAUAUGGGGGAGGGAAUGCUGUCACCUCCAGGUAGGUGUUUGUCCCCCUGUGUGCUGAGGGUGUCAGGUUCUUGUCCAGUUCUGGCAUUUAGGUCGCCACAGACUAGUACAUGUCCCUGGGUCUGGAAAUGAUUGAUUUCCCCCUCCAGGAUGGAGAAACUGUCUUCAUUAAAGUAUGGGGAUUCUAGUGGGGGGAUAUAGGUAGCACACAGGAGGACAUUUUUCUCAGUUGAGAUAAGUUCCUUUUGAAUUUCUAACCAAAUGUAAAAUGUUCCUGUUUUGAUUAAUUUAAUAGAGUGAGUUAGGUCUGCUCUAUACCAAAUUAGCAUACCCCCUGAGUCCCUUCCCUGUUUCACACCUGGUAGUUUGGUGGAUGGGACUACCAGCUCUCUGUAACCUAGAGGGCAACCAGUGGGUCCGUCUCCUCUAUACCCAUGUUUCUUGUAGGAUGACAAUGUCUGUAUUUCCGAUUUCUUUGGUGAAGUCCAGAUUCUGCUCUUUAGGCCAAAGGCAGAUGACCUUAGGCCUUGGAUAUUCCAGGAUGAAAUAGGUGAAGCGAGGUGGGUGUCCAUAAGGGGGCUAAUGUUGUGUGUCUGGUGUGUGGUGGGGCAGAUACUCUCUCUAUCUAGAGAGAUAGAUGACAGAGAGGUAGAGAGAGCGCGCUCUCUCUCUCUCUCUCUUCUCUCUUCUCUCAAUCUUUCUUUCUAUCUCGCUGAGAGAGCGAAGAAAGGCGUGACUCUGCGAAUAAGCUGCGCGUCUCGCGCUCGCUCGUCGCGUGUCUCGUCGAUCGCUCUCUCUCUCUUCUGCUGAUCACGCUCUGCGCACGCGCGCUCGUCGUCUAUUGCUCGCUCGUGCGCGCGCGCGCGCCAGGCCACGUAUGCGCGCGCGCGCGCGCGCGCACUGGCCGCGCGACGCCGCGCGCGACCCCGAGAGAGCUGAGCGCGGGACGACGAGGAGCAACGCCCGCAGAGAGGCAGCGCGAGAGCGCGCGCCGCACAGAGCAUGUAGAGAGGCUGAGUAAAGAGAGAGACGAGGGUCCUGGACGAGGGCCAAUAUGACGAGACCGAGACGAGGAGAGAGGGAGAGUCAGCCGCACGAGACAAGAGCCCACUAUAACGAGAGAGUCUCCCGGUAAGCUCACGGAGAGGAGCAGCGAGAGUAGAGCAGAUGCAGAGACCGGUCCUAGAGAGAGAUGGGGAUGGAGAGAGUGGCAGGAGACCGAGCGCAGUAGAAGGAGCCAAGAGAGCGAGACGCGAGAGAGACGAGCAGACCUCUCGCCUCUAUUCUCUUCUUACUUCGCUCUCUCACUGUCUCUCCAGUGCUGGGUUUCUUUGGCUGCGACACCAAGGUUCUAGACUAGUCAGCGUGUUUGCCUUAUUGAACGAGACUCAACCAAGCACAGAACUCCUGCACUCCUGAGAUAUCGGCAGGAAACCAGAUCCAUGCAGGUCAUUUAGUAGAGGAGAGACCAUCCUUGCACUUUCGCUGAGAACCACUUUUGGUCUCAACUGUUCUGCUCCUGGAGACACGCCUUGCCUUACCUCUGUUUAUGGUGCUGAGUAUGGCUAGAAGGAUGAUGCUGAUUAUACACACAAGUUCACAAAAUCAGGGGUUAGCAACCCUGCUCUCUUGUUGUAAUCGAUUCAAGCCUACAUCAACGCCGGGUCCUGACUGAGCACGCUAAUUAGUAGCAAUCGGGAAGGGGCCCAUCCUCUUCAUUACGUAUGUUAUACACACCACUGACACAGUUAGGUCUCAAACUCACCAUCGUUGUGAAAAUCGGCGGUGCUAUAUCAUGACCUGUCGUUGCUUGUACCCACGAUGGGUGGUCGACCCUGGAAUGUCGUUGCCUUUUACCCCGAUGGGGUGGUGCACUGACUGCUCUCUCUGCCUCUCUACACCCGACUGGGUGGUGACCCGACUGUCGGGCAUCUUACACCCUGAAGGUGGCUGACUGGACUGUCGUGCAUCUACUCCCCGACCGGGUUGGUGACCUGGGGACUGUCAGACUUGUUUACCCCGACUGGGUCGGUGACUCUGACGUCGUUUGCCUUUACCUGACUGGGUGGUGACGACGGUUGUUCGCCCUUCUACCCGACCUGGGUGGUCGCACCUGACUGUCGUUGCAUCUACUCCGACUGGGUGGUGACUGACUGUCGUUGCCUUUACCCCGACUGGGUGGUGACUGACUGUCGUUGCCUUUACCCGACUGCGGUCGGUGAUGACUUGUCGUGCCUUUACCUCGAUGGGUGGUGACUGACUGUCACGUCAUGGCCUUAUACUCCCCGGACUGGGUGGGUGACUCUGACUGAUCGUUGCCCUCUACUCCGAACUGGCGGUUGGUGACCUGCUGUCGUUGCCUUUACCCCGACUGGGUGGCACGACUUACUGUCGUUUGCCUUUACCUGAAGGCGGUGGUUGACCACCUGGCAACGGUCGAUUGCCUCUUACUCCGACUGCCCCCCGGUAAGAGUUGAAACUUGAAUGUCGUUGCUCUAAUCACGACUGGUGGUGCACUGACUGUCGUUGCCUUUACCCCGACUGGGUGGUGACUGACUGUCGUUCGACUUUACCUGAUGGGUGGGUGAAUGGAGGCUGUUUAGGUACUUGACUUGCCUCUACACCAUGACUAGGAUGUGGACCUGGGGUGUAUAAUGACUGCACUCUUUUUUCUACAAGGACUAGUCUGGUUACUGGAGUGUAUUCUGGGUGGGGUGUUUAUACUGACUUGCCUCUACCCCAUGACUAGGACUCCCCUGUGACUGGGGGUGCGUGUAUUAUCUGACUGCCUCUACACUGAUCCUAGGAUGGUUGACUGGAGGGUGUCUUACUGAAUGACUUAUUGACACUGACUAGGUACGUGUAUCUUGGCCCCGCGGUGUAUACCCACUGACUGACUCUUUCUACACGUGCUUUAGGAUGUGACCUCCGCGCGUCGGGUAUAUGACUCGCUCUUACAUUGUGAAAUAGCGUAUUCGCUGUUGACUGCGGGCUGUAUAUGACAUCCGCAUCCCUACACCUGGACCUAGCAUUGUGACCAUUGGGGGUGUUAUACGACUGCCUCAUCACUGACCUAGGAUUGUGACCUGGGGGUCUGUUAUACUGCCUGCCUUUCUUUCAGCCACGAAUGGAUGUGACCUGUGAAUGGGGCCCUUGGGUUUUUCGUACUGUACUGAGCCUUACUACCACCCACGACACUUAGGCAGGUGAUGGUUGUGGUUGUAUACUGCAUCCUGAUCCUACACCGGACUAGGACUCCUUCCUGUGACUGGGGUGUAUUACUGACUGCUCUACCAUGAAUCAGGACCCCCAUCUUCCUGUGACUGGGGCCCCCCGGCGUGUAUACUGACCCUGCCUUCUAUAAUGUAUCUAGGAUGUUGUGACUGGGCGGGUAUUCAUGACUGCCUUUAUCCUAAACUGGCACUGGACCCCCUACGGAUGGACUGGGGGUGUAUUACUGACCCGCCCUCCUACACUGACUAGGAUGUGACUGGGGGUUUACUGCACUGCCUCUACCCUGACUAGGAUGUUUGACGUUGGGGGUUGUUAUUCCACUGACUGCUCUGACACUGAAUAGGAUGUGGACCUGUCGGUUUCCUGCGCUGCCUAUCUUAUGUUGCACUGUUUUUCAUUCUCACACACUGACUCGGACCUGUGCACUGGCCGGGUGUAUACUGGCACUGCCUUACCCUACUAGGCGUGUGAAUGGGGGUGUAUACUGACUGCCUCUACACUGACUAGGAAGUGACUGGGGGUGGUAUACUGACUGCCUCUACACUGACUAGGAUGUGACUGGGGGGUGUAUACUGACUGCCUCUACACUGACUAGGAUGUGACUGGGGGGUGUUAUAUGACUGCCCUCUACACUGACUAGGAUGUGACUGGGGGGUGUAUACUGACUGCCUCUACACUGACUAGGAUGUGACUGGGGGUUGUAUACUGGACUGCCUCUACACUGACUAGGAUGUGACUGGGGGUGUAUACUGACUGCCUCUACACUGACUAGGAUGUGACUGGGGGGUGUAUACUGGACUGCCUCUACACUGACUAGGAUGUGACUGGGGGUGUUUUAAUUACUGACUGCCUCUACACUGACUAGGAUGUGACUGGGGGUGUAUACUGACUGCCUCUACACUGACUAGGAUGUGACUGGGGGUGUAUACUGACUGCCUCUACACUGACUAGGAUGUGGACUGGGGUGUAUACUGACUGCCUCUACACUGACUAGGAUGUGACUGGGGGUGUAUACUGACUGCCUCUACACUGACUAGGAUGUGACUGGGGGUGUAUACUGACUGCCUCUACACUGACUAGGAUGUGACUGGGGGUGUAUACUGACUGCCUCUACACUGACUAGGAUGUGACUGGGGGUGUAUACUGACUGCCUCUACACUGACUAGGAUGUGACUGGAGGUGUAUACUGACUGCCUCUACACUGACUAGGAUGUGACUGGGGGUGUAUACUGACUGCCUCUACCCUCCCCAGGUGGUGACUGUGCCACCCUGCUGAAGAGCAUCGGAGCUCUGCCCGUGGACAUGGCACGCAUGUACUUCGCUGAGACUGUGCUGGCACUGGAGUACCUCCACAACUAUGGCAUUGUACACAGAGACCUCAAACCUGACAAGUAAGACACACACACACACACACACACUGUCCUCUAGUCUAGAAAGCUUUAACUGCCAUAUGACUUGCCAUUGAUCAUUAAUACUUCUCAUGGGCUUUAAUAAUUCACAAUCUAUAUGCUUUAUUCACUAUCUCAUGAUGCUAACAUCAUAUCUCUCUCCCCCCUUCCUGCAGUCUUCUGAUCACGUCAAUGGGCCACAUCAAGCUGACAGACUUUGGGCUGUCUAAGAUCGGUCUGAUGAGCCUCACCACCAACCUGUAUGAAGGACACAUAGAGAAAGAUACCAGGGAGUUCCUGGAUAAACAGGUACAGAGAGAGAGAGAGAGAGAGAGAGAGAGACCUCUGGCCAGGGGCAGACUGGGACAAAAAAUCAUCCAAGGCAUUUCUAACACACCAGCCCAUUUUUUUCCACAUCGGCCCAUUUUCUUUCCUGGAGGCCCCCACAUGGGCCAAUUUUUUAUUUGAGGCACCCAUUAUUUGCCAGAUAAUUAUCAUUUUGCACAAAAAAUAAAUAAAAAUUUGACAGUCCCACUAGGCUUAAAAUGGACCAGCCCAUCUAGCAUUUGCCCUGAAAUGCCAGAUGACCAGUCCGCCCCUGCCUCUAGCGCCCAACACAUAACACCCUAACUCUGUAACUGGUCACUCACUCUUCCCUUAUGUAUAACAGUGUCUAUGACCGAAGUGUAUGACAAUGUGAACAGGUAUGAGACAAACGGACUAAGGGAAAAUGCAACGUUGUACUGUAUGUUGGUGGGCAUUUCUCUAUUUCUCCCUGCCUAUACUUGACCCUUCCCCUCUGUGUGUGUAUGACCAGGUGUGUGGUACCCCAGAGUACAUAGCCCCAGAGGUGAUCCUGAGACAGGGCUACGGGAAGCCAGUGGACUGGUGGGCCAUGGGGGUCAUCCUGUAUGAGUUCCUGGUGGGCUGUGCCCCUUUCUUUGGAGACACGCCUGAGGAGCUCUUUGGACAGGUCAUCAGUGGUGAGUACCACGGAUAACGGACACACAUUAACACAGGGAGUCUGAAUUGUUAACAGAGGGAAAAGGGAGAGGGAGAGAGAGAAAUGUAAGAAAAAGUAUCGCUUUGUUUUACAAACGUUUGUGGAAAAAUCCAUCUGACCACAGUGUCUGCUCCAUGUCUCUAUUUGUAGAUGAGAUCAUAUGGCCAGAGGAGGAGGAGGCUCUUCCUAACGAUGCCCAGGACCUCAUCUCUAAACUCCUUAGACAGAACCCUCUGGAGAGGCUAGGCACAGGUGAUGGUUUGGAAACAUGUUAUUUGACAAACAUAACUCAUAGAAACAAAUAGAGGACCUGCACGUCUCACAUUACACAGUUUCAAAUUGUCAUUUGCUCUUUAUCGGUCUGUUUGUGUUGUAGGCAGUGGUCUCCAUCUCAUUCCUUCUCUCUGUGUUGUAGGCAGUGGUCUCCAUCUCAUUCCUUCUCUCUGUGUUGUAGGCAGUGGUCUCCAUCUCAUUCCUUCUCUCUGUGUUGUAGGCAGUGGUCUCCAUCUCAUUCCUUCUCUCUGUGUUGUAGGCAGUGGUCUCCAUCUCAUUCCUUCUCUCUGUGUUGUAGGCAGUGGUCUCCAUCUCAUUCCUUCUCUCUGUGUUGUAGGCAGUGGUCUCCAUCUCAUUCCUUCUCUCUGUGUUGUAGGCAGUGGUCUCCAUCUCAUUCCUUCUCUCUGUGUUGUGUAGGCAGUGGUCUCCAUCUCAUUCCUUCUCUCUGUGUUGUGUAGGCAGUGGUCUCCAUCUCAUUCCUUCUCUCUGUGUUGUAGGCAGUGCAUUUGAGGUGAAACAGCACCGGUUCUUCUAUAACCUGGACUGGAACACUCUGCUGAGACAGAAGGCAGAGUUCAUCCCUCAGCUAGAAUCAGAGGACGACACCAGCUACUUUGACAGUAAGUCACACCUGCUGUACCUCCAGUAACACCCUGAGCCUAUUCUACUAUUUCUUUACUCAAACAACAUUGGAACAAUAGAAUACAACUCCUGAAAAUGAGUUAGUGGACAGUCCAGUCCAGUAGUCUUGUGUAACGCUACUCUCUCUCUCUCUCUCUCUCUCUCCAGCCCGUUCAGACAGGUACCACCACAUGGACUCUGAAGACGAAGACGACGCCAACGAUGACGAACACGUAGAGAUACGCCAGUUCUCCUCCUGCUCGCCCCGCUUCAGCAAGGUAAACAACACACACACACACACACAGAGCACCCCCUUGCUGAAAAUGUCAUCACUUCAUGUACAACAUCAUUUUCCAUUUUUAAAAAAAAUAAUAAAAUCAAACUGUGUGUGUAGGUGUACAGCAGUAUGGAGCGUCUGUCCCUCCAUGAGGAGAAGAGGAACCCCCCGCCCACCAAGCGGAGCCUUAGUGAGGAAGGGGGAGAACGCAUCGACAGCCUCAGUAGUCUGAAGUCCAGAGACCGUGCCUGGCUGGUGGGGUCACCUGAGAUGUGAGUAUAGGGGGGUUCUUCUGAGGACACCAAAGCCUCAUUUACUGAUAGUCUGUACUCAUUAUUUAAGUCUUCCACUAAAUGAGCGUUCGGUCUCUUCCAUCACCAACAACAGAACUGUUGCCUUAGAGAUUUUUAAUCGCUAGCAAUUUACCUGGCUACGGUCGUUGACAAACAUCAUAUAUUCUGUAUGUGCUGUAUGGUAACCUCCCUCCCUGUGUGUCUCCCUCCCUCAGCCUGCGUAAGCGUCUGUCUGUCUCAGAGUCGUCCCACACCGAGAGCGACUCCAGCCCUCCCCUGACAGUGCGAAGACGCUGCUGCUCCGCCAUCAUCGAGAUGCCGCGCUUCGCCAUCUCCUCAGAGGAGGAAGCAGGGGUGGCCCCCAGCCAUAAGAGCCCCAGCCUUCUCAGCCAGACCCCCGGUGGGGUCAGGGGCCCCCGCAGCGAGGACCUGCCCCUCUCCAUCCCUGAGCUCCCUGUGGAGAGAGAGCUGAAACUGGACGAGUCCCCAACAACACCAGACUCUACAGCCAGCCAGCUCAGCAAAGCCACACUCACACGUCAGUACAGUGCAAUAUAAUAUAAAACAACUUUAUUGUCCAUAUGUUACAGCAAACAACAGAAACUGGCAAAACAUAUACUAUAUAUGGAUAUACUGUGUGUCUGCUUUGAUUCACAUAGCCCUCUGGUUCCAUAGAGGUGGAGGGGCUGUCCGUCCUGUGUUUUCUCUUGACGCGUUGCGGUGCAGAAUCAGGUUGCUGACCUACUCCCAACAGGUUCUCCAGACCCUGAAGGGCAGGUUACUGCCUAUAGCUGUUAACCGUGUGGUCGGUGUAUCAAACUAAGCAGCUCAUUCGCGAAACCCUGAAUAUUGUAUUGAAUGCAAUUUGAAGAGAUUAGUAUGAAAAUGUAUGCACUAACUGUAAGUCGCUCUGGAUAAGAGCGUCUGCUAAAUGACAAAUGUAAAAUGUAAAUGUAAAUUCCAUUCACAUUACAAAAUGUCUUACAGUAUUUACCUGUUACUGGAUUCCCUGUCUUUACCUCUGACUUUACCUCUGACUUUACCUCUGUCUUUACCUCUGUCUUUACCUCUGACUUUAUCUCUGACUUUAUCUCUGACUUUACCUCUGUCUUUACCUCUGACUUUACCUCUGUCUUUACCUCUGACUUUACCUCUGACUUUACCUCUGACUUUACCUCUGACUUUACCUCUGACUUUACCUCUGACUUUACCUCUGACUUUACCUCUGUCUUUACCUCUGUCUUUACCUCUGACUUUACCUCUGUCUUUACCUCUGUCUUUACCUCUGUCUUUACCUCUGUCUUUACCUCUGACUUUACCUCUGACUUUACCUCUGACUUUACCUCUGACUUUACCUCUGACUUUACCUCUGUCUUUACCUCUGUCUUUACCUCUGUCUUUACCUCUGACUUUAUCUCUGACUUUAUCUCUGACUUUACCUCUGACUUUACCUCUGUCUUAACCUCUGUCUUUACCUCUGUCUUUACCUCUGUCUUUACCUCUGUCUUUACCUCUGUCUUUACCUCUGACUUUACCUCUGACUUUACCUCUGACUUUACCUCUGACUUUACCUCUGACUUUCUCUGACUUUACCUCUGACUUUAUCUCUGACUUUACCUCUGUCUCUUCUCUAUCUCUCUCUCUCCAUAGCGGGCAGUUCAGGAGAUGUGUGGGAGCGUGGUUCAGGGGCAGACAGCUCUCCCUCUACCCCUAAGGCCAUCAGUGACCUGGCAGCUAGGAGGGCCCGCCACAGACUGUUGUCUGGAGACACAGACAAACACGCCCAGUCCAGACCCCUCAACAAGGUCAUCAAGUCAGCCUCCGCUACCACCCUCUCACUCAUGAUUCCUGCAGGUAUGGCUGAGUGUUUUAAGAGCGAGGAAUGUGUGAUUUGUGCGCUUCUGUCUUUGUGUAUUGAUAUGUGUUGUGUGUCUGUCUGUUAAUGUAUGUGUGUCUGUCUGUCUGUGUCUGUCUGUGUCUGUUUGUGUUUGUCUGUGUGUUAGUCUGUCUGUCUCUUUUAGUGUCUGUCUGUGUAUGUCUGUCAGUGUCUCUGUCUGUCUGUCUGUCCUGCUCUGUGUUCUGUCUGUCGUCUGUGACUGUAUGUAGUGUCUGGUUUUCUCUUCUGUCUUUUAGCUAACCUCUGUUGUUUUAGACUGUGUGAAUGUGAAAACAUCAUUUAUGUGCAUUUAUACGGACGGUCUCCCAUAAACAAUCUCUUCGUCCUUCUUUUCAGCCUUAGUGUUUGUCUCCGCUCGUUUCGUCAAUCCUCGUCAGAUCUUUAGGUCUCCGCGAUGUUGAGACCUGUCCGUCCGUUGUCCAGCUCAUCUCCUGUCAUCUAUCACAAUGUGGCAAGAGUCGGCUUUCUUCUCUCUUUAGCCUCGACAUGGGGCUUUUAGAACUCUCGGAAUGUUGAAUCAUGCGUGUAGGUGCUUAUACGAUGUGUCCUAUAAAAAAUUUAGCUCUCCAUCUUAGAUCACAGUGCUCUCCCAUUCGCAGAUUGAUGCCCAUGUAACCACUUUCUGUCAAUUCCCCGUCCAGACUCUCCCCCAGUGACUUCCCCAGCCGUGGCCAACAUCAAACCGCUCUCAUCCAAAGGUGGCAGAAGUACGGCUUCACCCUCGAGCCAUCAGGUGUACAUGGGAACACAGACAUCUCACAGUGCAUCAUAGGUCUGGGUGAGGUAGGUGCUUGCUUUAUGACUCAAUAAAAGGCAUUCACUCAGAAUCCUGUCGCUUCAUCAAGAGAUUGAAUUGUCACCAGUGAAAUGAUUUGAUGUGUAAUUUCGCCCUCCUCUCUCUCUCCCCAUCUCUAUCUCUCUACUCUCACCUCUCUCCGGUCAUCUUUUAGCGCCGCAUCGCCGCGUCGCGAUUCUCACCGCCUCCAGCGAGCAUCUCCGGCAGCUCGCACCCGCCGUCAUUCGCUCGCGCGCGCCGGGCAGCGCGCGCGCUCGCUCCAUAGUCGCGCGCGCCUUCAAUGUCUCUCCGGCGCUCUCUUUCAUUUAGCGCUCUCUCCUGGCAUCGGUCCGCGCCGUCAUCGCUCGCCGCUCCGUGCACGGGCGCCGGCAUCGCGCUAGCGCAUGGCAGACGGGCUCGCGCUUAGCGCUCUCCUACCUCCGGGCAGCAGAUCCGGGAUCGCUUCCUUUAUCUCUCUCUCUCCUUUCAUCUAUCUCCUUUAAACUAUAUCUCUCCUUUCUCUCUCUCUCUCUCCUUUCAUCUCUCUCUCCUUUCAUCUCUCUCUCUCCUUUCAUCUCUCUCUCUCUCUCCUUUCAUAUAUCUCCUUUCAUCUCUCUCUCUCUCCUUUCAUCUCUAUCUCUCUCCUUUCAUCUCUCACUCCUUUCAUCUCUCUCUCCUUUCAUCUCUCCAUCUCUCUCUCCUUCCAUCUCUCUUUCUCUCUCCUUCCAUCUCUCUCUCUCUCUCCACCUGUCUCUGUCAGCAUGUAGAGGAGGGUGGUCCAGCCCAUGAUGCGGGGCUGAGAGAAGGAGACCUCAUCACUCAUGUGAAUGGAGAGGCUGUCCACGGCCUGGUCCACACUGAGGUGGUGGAGCUCAUUCUCAAGGUACACACGCACACACGCACACACACACACACACACGCACACACACGCACACACACACGCACACACACACACACACACAUACACACACACACACACACACACACACACACACACACACACACACACACACACACACACAUUAGCUCCUGUCUUACGCGUGUUGUGUGUUACCCUCAGAGCGGUGGUAAGGUGUCCAUCUCUGCCACGUCCUUUGAGAACACUUCCAUCAAGGUGGGCCCCGCCCGCAAGACCGGCUCCAAAUCCAAGAUGGCGCGUCGCAACAAGAAGACCAAGACCAAAGAUAGCAGCCAGGAAAGGUUAGUCUCUUAUCUGAACGAUCUCACACACUUACCUUUCCUCUCUGAAGUCAUGAUACAUUGAACAUAAUGGCUGAUGUUUGUAUUUUCAACUCUUUCUACUGUGUGUGUGUGUGUGUGUGUGUGUGUGUGUGUGUGUGUGUGUGUGUGUGUGUUUCCAGCAGUAGUAAGAAGAGGAACUCUCUGUUCAGGAAGAUCACUAAGCAGGCGUCUCUUCUCCACACCAGCCGUAGCCUCUCCUCUCUAACCCGCUCUCUGUCCUCUGGAGAGAGUGGACCUGGGUCCCCCACUCACAACCUGUCCCCUAGGUCACCUACACAAGGUUACCGGUCCACACCUGACUCUGCACACUCUGGUAAGACCUACACACACAGUGGGCUCACACACAUCCCUCAAACACACCGCUCACCUAAUGGACAGUACGACAUGGCCUAAUGUUGGGAAAAGGUCAUAAAAGAUGGUGGUUAUGUGUGCAUAACAUUUCAUGAAUUUGGAUGAAACCCUGAAUGUCUGUGUGUUUCUGUGUGUGUCGUGUCGUGUUUUCUCAGUAGGGGGUAACUCGUCUCAGAGCAGCUCUCCCAGCUCCAGUGUUCCUAACUCCCCAGCCAGCUCCGGUCACAUCAGGCCCAGCUCUCUCCACGGCCUGGCCCCCAAGCUCCAGCGGCAGUACCGCUCCCCCCGCCGCAAGUCAGCCGGCAACAUCCCCCUAUCCCCCCUGGCCCGCACCCCCUCCCCAACCCCACAGAGCACCUCCCCCCAGCGCUCUCCCUCCCCCCUGUCCAGCCACGGGCUGGGCUCGACCUCUAUGGGCCAGACCUUUCCCGUCAAGCUCCACUCCUCCCCACCUCUGGUCAGGCAGAUCUCCAGGCCCAAGAGCGCUGAACACCCCCGCUCCCCACUCCUCAAGCGGGUCCAGUCUGCUGAGAAGCUAGCCUCCUCCCUCUCCUCCUCCUCGUCCUCCCCAUCUCCAUCAGGCGGCGGAGGUGACAAGAAGUUGCCUGUAACGGUGACAGGGCGUAAACACAGCCUGGACAUCUCCCACGCUGAGUUUAAGAAGGAGAUGCUUCAGAGAGACCCCAGUCUGCAGAGUCUCCAGGAGUCAGCUGGGGAGAGAGAGAGUCUGCUGCUGGGGCCUGGGAUAGGGGGCCGUGGGGGUCCCGUGGAGAAGGGCAGCAUGCAAAAACCCUCCUCCUCCAGCAGGAAGCUAGGGCGUCAGGAGGGGGACGGGGGGUCAACGGCCGGGUCCCUGGGGCUUGCCCCCGGGAAGAGCAAACUGAAGGACAAGCUGUCAGCCAUCAGACAGGACCGGGCUGAGAGGAGGGAGUCACUACAGAAGCAGGAUGCUAUCCAUGAGGUAGACUCAUCAGAGGACGAGACAGACGAGGGGUCCGAGGACAGUCAGGACGGGCGUGGCAGGAACACCUGCACCUUCACCCCUCCACUGCUCCGCCCCACCUCCGUCAUGCCCACCGCCCCCCGCACAGGACCCGGGGGCACCCUCCCCUCCCUCUGUCUGUCCCCCUCCUCCACCCUGCUGCCCAGCAGAGCCACCAUACCCUCCACACUCCACGAACACAAGCCCACUCAGAGUGUUCCUUCGCUGGGAGGGAAAGACGGCGGCUCAGCCUCCUUGGAUGACUGUAGGCGGAGAGAUGGGAAGACUCCAGACCCCAGCAGCAAGUUCACCCAGAGCCCCCUGUCCAGCACCUUCGCAACCCCCGGCAGUGCUUUCAUCUCCGUCAGUAAGGACACCUUCCUGAAGCCUGCUGCUCCAUCUCCACAUCAGGACUGGAGGAGCCCCAAGCUGUCUGAGCCCAGGGGGAAGAGCAGUAGUCCUGGGUUAUGGAGUGAGGAGAGAGACUCUGGCCUGGAGGCCCCCAGAUCCAGCCCCACUGGGUCCAUAGACGGUAGAGACAUAGUCCCCACACCCAUCUCCUCCCCAGGCAUCACCAAGGAGAAGAAGGAGGCUGACAACAGGAGACAUGCUGCUGCUGCUGCCGCUGCUGCAUCCUACGCCACCCCAGACUACGCCACCCCCAGCCCCCCAGCCUCCCCAGCCCCAGUGUCAAGGUCAGAUAGCGGGGUGGACAAGAUGGUGUCACAGCUAGCCAACGUGGCUAUGAGCGUCCUGGGGCCCGUCAAACUCACCAUCCCUGGGGCCAAGGAGGCCUUUGAGAGAGCCAAGGACCAGAAUCAGAGACCCUCUGACCCCCCUCACCCCAAGGCCACACCUGACUCCCCCCUCACCGCCACCACCACUCCCCUCUCCCCCUCCCCCUUCAGACACCCUGCCCCUCAGCCCCCGCCCCGCCUGUCCUCCCAGUCUCCUCCCAGGCAGCCCUCCAAAACUGAGCCAGCCCCCCCUCCCCUUCCACAGAGGAGGCCCUCCCCUCCUAAAGACUGUACCCUGGCCCAGGGCCCCCAGCACCCCAUGGAGAUGCCGGUGGUGGUGUUACGAGGCAGCAGGGAGACUUCAGCCAUUACAGGUGUUACUGCACCGAGGAAGGGGCCCACCACCACACCCACCCAGUCCCCUACUGCGGCCUCAGAGCAGCGCAAUAGGCCAGACCCCCCGGCCCCACAGAGACCCAGCCCAGCCUCUGCAGCCUCCACCCCGCUGGACCAAACCAGCAGCAAGAAAACGUAG